GAUCAUGAAAGCCAAUUUGAUUGAGAGCUUGGGAAGUCAAAGAGGCAUAUAGGGUUUGUCCCUUGCUGAGCUAGUUCUUCUUCUACUUGAGAGUUUCAUAGCAGACAGUUAUAAUAGGAUGACAAGCCAGCCAACAGAUAACCCAAAAACAAUUUAUGACUUCACUGUCAAGGAUGCUAAGGGAAAUUAUGUGGAUCUUAGUGUGUACAAGGGAAAGGUUCUACUGAUUGUCAACGUUGCUUCAAAAUGUGGACUGACCAACUCAAAUUACACGGAGCUGAAUCAACUAUAUCAGCAAUAUAAAGAUCAAGGCUUGGAGGUAGUGGCAUUUCCAUGCAACCAGUUUGGUGAUGAGGAACCUGGAAGUAAUGAGGAGAUUGAAGAGUUUGUCUGCACUCGUUUCAAAUCAGAAUUUCCAAUAUUUGACAAGAUUGAAGUAAACGGUGAUAAUGCUGCUCCAUUGUACAAGUUCUUGAAGUUAGGCAAAUGGGGUUUCUUUGGAGAUGAUAUUCAAUGGAACUUUACCAAGUUUCUAGUUGACAGGGAUGGGAAAGUUUCUGAUCGCUAUUACCCAACAACUUCCCCCCUUAGCCUUGAGCGUGACAUAAAGAAGCUGUUAGGGGUCUCAUAAAUGCUGAGAUGUGAAGGCUUCAAGAGGGUCAUAGUGUAAGCAGUAUGCAUAUGCUUGCCUUUUUGUGUAUUAGGAUGGAUGGGAAAAAAUGCCUUGCUUUUGUGUGUUGUUGUGGCUUCAAGACUGAUUUAAGGACCUAAGGCUGUAUCUGUGUAUAUUGUAUUGUAUUUGCACAAACUGAAACAAAACCGUUUGUUUUGUAUAAUUGAAUGUUGUCGAAAUUCUUACCCUCCCAAUUCCACUAAA